UAUUGAGUCACAUCGAGAGAUCUUCUCGUUACCAUUCAAUCAUGGCGUCGGCAAGUCUGUCAGCGGCGGAGCGCUUCGAGCUCAUCACACGCGACCUUCAAGAGGUCCUGGGGUCCGAGUCCAUCAAGGCUAUUCUGGAAAAGAACGAGCGGCCCCCACGGCUCUACUGGGGAACGGCGCCAACGGGCAAGCCUCACGUCGGCUACCUCGUCGCCCUUACCAAGAUUGCCGACUUUCUCCGGGCCGGCGUCGAGGUCAAGGUCCUUCUGGCCGACGUUCAUGCAUUCCUCGACAACCUCAAGGCGCCAAUCGAGCUCGUUCGGCACCGCGUAAACUACUACAAGCACAUCCUCCUGUCCGUCUUUAGAUCCAUUGGCGUCCCAACAGACCGACUCAUCUUUGUCAUUGGCUCGUCCUACCAGCUCACAGAGGCCUACAACAUGGACAACUACAGGCUGUGUGCGACUGUGUCGGAAAAUGAUGCAAAGAGAGCGGGCGCAGAGGUUGUCAAGCAGGUUGCCAGCCCCAUCCUCAGCGGUCUCCUUUACCCGCUGCUCCAGGCUCUCGACGAGCAGUACCUCGAUGUCGACAUGCAGUUCGGUGGCGUUGAUCAGCGAAAAAUCUUCAUCUUUGCCGAGACACAUUUGCCGAAGCUGGGCUACGCCAAGCGCGCACACCUCAUGAACGCUAUGGUGCCCGGCCUCAAGGGGUCGAAGAUGUCGUCUUCCGACAGCGGGAGCAAGAUUGACUUUCUCGACACACCGACCGACGUGAAAAAGAAGCUCAAGGAUGCUGCCUGCAUCGAGGGCGUCGUCGAGGAGAAUGGCGUUCUGGCCUUUGCAAAGGCCGUUCUGUUUCCCAUCUCCCGUCUGCGAAACGAGAGCAAGACGCUGGACGCCACGCCGGUCGAGGCCAAGGGGCUCUCAAAACCUUACGUGAGCGCCGAUGCGCCCGAGGGCACCCUCUUUUCCAUCGUUCGGCCAGACAAGUACGGCGGCUCGCUCCACUACGCGACCUACGAGGCCCUCGAGGCCGACUAUGCCGACAAGAAGCUCCAUCCACUCGACCUGAAAAAUGGCGUGGCAGACGCCAUCAAUGCGCUUCUCGAGCCCAUCCAGCGCGAGUUCAACGAGAGCGAGGAAUUUAGAAAAGUAGAGGAGCUGGCUUACCCAAAGGAGAAGAAGCCAGAGGUCAAGAAAAAGGAAAAGAAGGUCAACCCAAGACAUCUUCAAAAGGGCGAGGCACCCGCACAAGGACCGGCAGGUCAGGAGGCAAAAGCGGCUCAGCAGGGCGAAAAGGAAAACGAAACAUUUGUCAAGGCAGCCCAGGAGGGCAUCCAGAACCUGUCUACCAACGAGUCGCCUUAGAGCUUGCAAUAACGAUAAUGGUGU